UGCGGGCAGACAGCCUUGGCAAGCUUGGAGGGCUGAAGCCCAGAGAUGAGAAUGCCCAGGGGAGAUGUGAGCCCGGGCAGCUGUCUGCUGAUCUGUCCUUGAAGCCACCUAAGCGGGCCCCCAGGCCGGGCCUGCCCCACCCCCGGCCCGGCAUGCGCCUGUCGGUGCGGAGGGCGCUGCUGGUGGCCGGCUGUGCCCUGGUCCUGGUGCUGGCGGUCCAGCUGGGCCAGCAGGUGCUGGAGUGCCGGGCGGUGCUGGAGGGCCUGCGGAGCCCGCGGCGGGCCAUGCGGCCAGAGCAGGAGGAGCUGGUGAUGGUGGGCACGGACCAUGUGGAGUACCGCUACGGCCAGGCCAUGCCGCUCAUCUUCGUGGGCGGCGUGCCCCGCAGCGGCACCACACUGAUGCGCGCCAUGCUGGAUGCCCACCCCGAGGUGCGCUGCGGCGAGGAGACCCGCAUCAUCCCCCGCGUGCUAGCCAUGCGCCAGGCCUGGUCCAAGUCAGGCCGGGAGAAGCUGCGGCUGGACGAGGCGGGAGUGACGGACGAGGUGCUGGACGCCGCCAUGCAGGCCUUCAUCCUGGAGGUGAUCGCCAAGCACGGCGAGCCCGCCCGCGUGCUCUGCAACAAGGACCCCUUCACGCUCAAGUCAUCGGUCUACUUGUCGCGCCUGUUCCCCAACUCCAAGUUCCUGCUGAUGGUGCGGGACGGCCGGGCCUCGGUGCACUCCAUGAUCACACGCAAGGUCACCAUUGCCGGCUUCGACCUCAGCAGCUACCGCGACUGCCUCACCAAGUGGAACAAGGCCAUCGAGGUGAUGUACGCCCAGUGCAUGGAGGUGGGCAAGGACAAGUGCCUGCCUGUGUACUAUGAGCAGCUGGUGCUGCACCCCAGGCGCUCCCUCAAGCUCAUCCUUGACUUCCUCGGCAUCGCCUGGAGCGACACUGUCCUGCAUCAUGAGGACCUCAUUGGCAAGCCCGGUGGUGUCUCCCUGUCCAAGAUCGAGCGGUCCACAGACCAGGUCAUUAAGCCUGUGAACCUAGAAGCUCUCUCCAAGUGGACUGGCCACAUCCCUCGGGACGUGGUCCGGGACAUGGCCCAGAUUGCCCCCAUGCUGGCUCGACUUGGCUAUGACCCCUAUGCAAAUCCACCUAACUACGGCAACCCCGACCCCAUCGUCAUCAACAACACACAUCGGGUCUUGAAAGGGGACUAUAAAACACCAGCCAAUCUGAAAGGAUAUUUUCAGGUGAACCAGAACAGCACCUCCUCCCACUUAGGAAGCUCGUGAUUUCCAGAUCUCUGUCAAUGGCUUUGCUGCCAAGAAGAGAAGAAACUGCAUUUGAGUGGAAAUCGGACCUCUAAUCCAAGCAUAUUGCUUGCUAUUAAUCGCCAAAACAGGACUGCUAAUGAAGAAUGUAUUUGCAUAUGUUUGCAAAAGCUGAAUCAUCGAAAAUGUACCUCGAAACUCUCUAUCUUUGGACACUGUAGGGUGGAGAGUGAAGAGCGUAGAGUAGUCCGGUUUUUGAAACUUAGGUAUUUUAUAUUUUUCCCCUAAAGAACUUUUUUUAAAGAAAUGGAUUUGCCAUCCUCCUUAAAUUGCAGGACUGCCUUGGUGGCUUUGUUUGCUGGGACAAGGCCCACAACCUGUGCCUCUCCUAAUGACCCUUACUUUGAAUUCAAAGACUCUAUUUAAGAAGUUAAUAUAUGAGGCUUUCUUUAAUUCCUUCUCAGUUCAGUUUCACAGGAAAAAAAAAUUAUUUGAAUAAAGUGAACAGGGGUUCA